AUGUUUCAUUGGUGUGACCAGCUCCCCGCGCCAUUUAGCACCGGCGCACGUGAAGUACUUUCCUCGAACUGCAGCGGCGGCGGUGCAGAUGGAGGCUCACCUAGGUCGAUCACUGAAAAUGAUUAUAGCGCCGGGCAAGCGGACGAACCACAACUUGAAGCUGAGAAGGUUAGAGAAGAAGGCUUAGCUUCUUCGACCAAGAUGAAGCCUGUUCUGGGUAAAGACAUUCCUCCUGGCUACUCUGCAGCCGCCAAAACGAUGACCGUAGCAGAACACUCCUUGUAUUUGGCUCGGUUUUGGCGAGACAACAUUGGCCGCUUUGCAACGAAUCUGUCUGCGGCAGAGCAAGACGAACUGAUCGUGAUGACGCUAUUCCGUGACGUUUUCUAUUUCGCAGAUUUUCCGAACCAUGACUGGAAGGGUGUCAUGCUAUUACUAGGGCAGUUCGCUGACCAGGUACAACCGCAGAAGACUACAGCAGCAGAUGUAGUUGACUCUACAACGAAUUCCGCUCCUGCUCAGGUGGAGAACGAGGAAUCACAAGGAAGGCGAAUGAGAGCACUGCGUUCACAGAACCAUAAUGACAUUGGUUUUCCUGCUUACCAAAAUAGUCUUGCAAUGGAUGCGAGUCGCCAGAAAAAACUUUUAGAGCUUGAAGCACUACAACGCGCUUCCGCUUUGCGAAAGCAGGGUGAAAUCGAUCUUCCAGAAAUACGCAUACGGCAGCAGAACAAAAUCAAUUUGAUGAAAAUAGCUCAAGGGCGGGCCUCUCUCGACGAAAUGGAAAAAAUUGAGAAGAAUACGAACGUCAACAGCAUCACUAGACACAUAAUAAAGCAAAGUAGUACUAGAGAUUCUCUUUCUCCUGCAGGAGCUGGUAAGGGUAUUGUCCAACAUCCUCCGUUUGGACCUUCUGCUGCGUCGAGAAAAAGUGUCACCCUGCCUCUGUUGAGUUGCAGUUCAUCACGCGGCACAUCGAGGUCUAGGUCAACGACUGCGUCACCAAGAAUAGGUGAAGAAUCUCCAUCUGAUGACCUCACUCCCACGGCGCUUCAUCAAGCGGCAUCGAGUCUUGUUGGAGAGACUUCGAUAGAUGAUUCGCUGCUUACCACUUUCUUCGACGAUGAUGAAAAUACGAACAGUUUAUCCUCUAUGAUCAAUCGUUCACCUCCCAGAAGUCCAUCAUUAUCAUUGUUGUCGACAUCUACAGCUUCACCUUCCGCCGGACUCGUUUUUUCUGAACAACCGAUAAUUUCCGAAACGAUUCGUAGUACCCCGACCUCAUCUGGAGGAAGUCCAAGUCCCAGUCACCCAACCACCUUGCUGAGUGGUUCGGCUAAAGGUCUUCGUUCACCGUGUGUUGGAAGCACAGUCACUUCGAGGAUCCCACAAUACCAUGUGCCAAGCAUCUGGUAUCAGCACGUGCCGUAUAACCUUGCACAGGCGCGUGUACUCGGUCUUCAGCAGGCGUCGGCGGUCUCCACCUGUCGCCCAGAUCCUCUGCAGAUUUCGUCGAGUACCGCUGCCACAAGCUCGAAUUCAAUAUCGCUGUCGGGGGUGAACAUUUUGUCG